AUGGGCAUGAGCUUUAAGGAAGGGCAGGAGUUCAAGAUCUGUGUCAAGCCCAAAGAUGACUGCGACAGAUUCAGCAUCAAUAUCGGCCACGACUCGGACAACAUCGCGCUGCACUUCAACCCGCGCUUUGACCAGAGUGCCAUCGUCUGCAACUCCAUGUCGGGAGGCUCCUGGGGCGACGAGCACCGCGACGACAACUUCUGCUUCUCCCGCGGCGAGGAGAGCAAGUUCUACAUCAACUUCAACAACGAAGAGUUCAUCAUCAAGUUGCCCAACGGCUCCGCAAUUACUUUCCCCAACCGGCUGGCCGACGUCAAGUACAAUUACUUUGAGGUCGCUGGCGAGGCCAAGAUCAUCGGCAUGAAGAUCAAGUAG